ACACUGAUGUUGUGUUGUGCUUGUCGUGUUCACAUCAUAUAACAUCAUAUUUUCCUCAUAAGGACAUGUGGGGCUGUUUUCUGUUCACCAUUAUUCUGUUCAGCUGUUGUUUGGUUCCAGGAUUUGGUCUGAGCAGGAUUCAGCUUUUAUACAAACAUCUUCCAUCAGCCAGCAUGGUUGUCUGUCACUGUGUGAAUAUUGAUCUAGAUCCAUGUGACACAUUAUGGAUCCACUUUCUCAUUCAGAUGUGGAACAUCUUAAAUAUAUACUUUCCUGCGACACAGUCAGCAGCUCCUCUGCAUCUGUUCUCAGUUUAGUCUUCAGUUUGUGAUGGUGAGUGGAGGACCUGUGUUAGUGUAAGCUACAGUGAUCAGUGUCCUGCAGCAGAAACCAUCAACUCUGGAGCCACAGGGGCGUUUAGUGUGGAGCAGCAGCUGUGUUCAUUUCUAUGGAUGUUCCUGGAUGGAGCUCUGAGGUCUGUGGUUGUAAAUACGUUGAGUCCAAGUGAUGGAUGGUGAGCAGGAGCUGUGAGUUUGUGAUUUGAUGCAGGUGUCAGUGAAACUCUGGUGUUCAGUGUCUGUUUAAUGAGUAACCAACAGGAACACAAAGUCCUGGUGAACAUCAGUCCUGAUCUGUUGUGUUUAUUAGAGAGGAGGAGCAGCUCUGCUCAGGUGAUCCAGGUACAGAGCUCAGGGAGAAAACAAUCAAAGCUUUCAGUGAGUUCAAACUCCAUUUGACAGUUGACAGAGGAGGAAAACAAGGUGAGUGUUGGUCCAUCAUUAAUAUUGUUCUGCUGUCAGAGUCUCUCAGUCAGCUGUUUGUCUGUGGACUGCAACAGAACAUCAGGAUCUUUUCAUUCAGGAGGUGGACUGUUGACUGGUUCUGUUCCACUCUGACUCUGGGUUUUAUUUCCUCAUCUGAAAGUCUGAACUGUGACUCUUUACAGGUUUGUUUGUCCUGGUUCUUGUGUUGUGAGUCAAACUCAGUGUUGCUGGUUUAACUUUCACACUGAGUGAUGAAGAUGAGUGAUUCGAAGGAACGGGAGGACGGAGCAGAGCCUCCAGCAUCCAGCUGUCUGUCUGUGAAGAGUGACCGGCCCAGAAGACAUCCUCCAAACUUCAGUAAAGAACCAGAACCUUCAGACACAAAACUUUCUUACUGUGGACUCUCAGAGAGUCACUGUGAAGUCGUGGCCUCAGCUCUGAAGUCCAACCCCUCCCAUCUGACACAACUGGACCUGAGCAGGAACUACGACCUGAAGGAUUCAGGAGUGAAACGUCUUUGUGAUGGACUGAAGAGUCCAAACUGUAAACUGGAGAUUCUCAGAUUGGAGGGCUGCAGGUUGUCAGAGAUCAGCUGUGAUUCUCUGGUCUCAGCUCUGAAGUCCAACCCCUCCCAUCUGGAACAUCUGGACCUGACUAACAACAACCUGCAGGAUUCAGGAGUGAAGCAUCUGUGUGGUUUUCUGGAGAGUCCAGACUGCAUCCUGCAGACUCUGAGUCAGUCCAAAACAACAAAGAUUCACUUGAUGUGACGGAAAGCAGAAAGUGUUGACAGUGGACCAACUGGAACCAGUUUGCUGUUUUACUGGAUAAAUGACUCCAACCAUGAUGGAAGUUAGGUGUUUCUCAUGUUGUGUCCGUGGACUCAUCAAACAGUGGACUGAUUGUUGGAGCUGUAACUGAAGAUGCUCUCAGCCUGUGAGACACAAACUAAUAUUCAGCAUCUGCUGCUUCAACACUUGGAUGAAGCCAUGUGAUGUUUGACAAAGUGAAAUGUUCACAUCCAAGAUGCAGCCGUUUGAUGCUGCUGCUAAUGAAAUGUGAAGCUGAUCCAUCACUUGUUCAAUGAACAGAAAAUCCAGCAGCAGAUGUUGAGACACUUGAUGAAUAGUUGAAAUCAUUGAUCAGGGAGCAACGGGAACAUGUUCUGCUGGACUUUCUGCUGAUUGUCUUCUUUUCUCUGCUUUGUGUCAUUUCAAGUGAAGAUGUUUGUGUUUGAGAAAACAGUGUGAAGACGUCACCUGGUCCUCUGAACGCUGUGAUGGACACGUUCCUCCAUCAGUGACACAUGAUCAGUAAUGAAAGCAUCUGAAUGUAGAGUCCUGAUUGAAAUAUGUUCAUGUUGUGAAACCAUGGAGACGUUUCAGAGUGUGGAGCCUCAUUUUGUCCACGUUUCCUGAUUGUGUGUUUGUGUGACUCUGAGCAGAAAGUGAAAUAAAUGUCAGUGUUUUUGCUUGUG